CACACGACGAAGAUGUCUGCCACAGAGGAGGACACGGAACUAAGAGAUCUACUGAUCCAAAACUUGGAAAACAGCGGGGUUUUGAAUAAAAUUAAGGCAGAAUUACGUGCAGCUGUUUUUCUUGCUUUGGAGGAACAAGACAAAGUUGAGAAUAAAACUCCCCUUGUGAAUGAAAACCUAAAAAAGUCUCUUAACACGAAGGAUGGACGCCUCGUAGCAGGUCUCAUCACUGACUUCUUGCAGGUCUUUAAUUUAGACUUCACUCUCGCUGUGUUCCAACCAGAAAUCAACACGCUGAACGGGCUUGAGACUCGUGAAAGUCUGUCCAAGGAGCUCAGCAUCUCUGAGUCAGAGGUGAAUCGAAACACCCCACUUCUGCUUGAGCUGGUCAAGAGAAGUCGACAAAAGACUUCCAUUUUUGGAGAGGGAGACAAAGUCACAGAGAAAAGUUUUCCCAAGGAAUUGUCGCCCCGUCAAAUCACAGAUGCCCGUAAAAAAUUUGACUCUUAUGACAAGAUCCGAAUUGGCGAAAUACAGAGAGAAUCAAUUGUUGCCAUUUUCUCAGAACUGUUUCCCCACUUCUGCAGAAACGUGCUGGAAAGUUAUGUCAAUGAGGAACUCAAAGACAAAAGCAGGGACACAAGCACCUCUUUAGACUUUCAGGACUUUCUGGGAAUGUACAAAUGCUUCUUCAUACAAUGUCGAAGCGUGGUUACUAAUGACGGCAGUGAUGGACUUUACUUCUCAAGUAAAACUAUUGAAGAUAGAAUCAUUUCAUCUUCCGCCAGCAAGAUACCCAGGUAUAAAGGAUUUGUUAAGCACAGUUCAGCGCAGGAUGAGAACGCUGACUUGAAGACUGCUGACAGAAGACAUGAAACACCGGGGUCUUUAAAGAAUAUAGGGUCCGUUCAAGUGUCCGAUGGGUCAGAGAGGGGACCAGGUGAUGGGAAGAAUGCUUCCAACCCACUCAGGAGAACACUGGAGCUAGGAUUGGAGGAUGAGGAUGAGGAAGGAGAUUCAUUCUUUGACGAUCCUCUUCCGAAACCUCAGAAGACCUACGGCUGUAGUUUACCAUCAGCAGAUAAGCCUUAUUCGGGGUUGAGGCUUUCUGAAAAAAUGUUUGGCCAAAAAGAUCAGCAUUGGCAGAAAGAAGGAAGCCUGUCAGGGCGAUCCUUUUCUCAAAUGAGGAGGGGCACUAGCCUCAAUGACCUGUCUGCUAUAGGCAUUGAUAAAGAGGGUGAUGGAGUGGACUUUGAAAACAGGCCCAGCCCUGAUUCUGAACCCAGGAGAGAGACGUCGGGCAGCUUUUCCGGAAAAGCUCUCUCCACGGAUGCACAGUUAAAGAGCACGGGAGGAUCAGUCUCUGCCGACAGCAGCCAGAAAGAUCCUGCAUCUGAUAAGAAUGAUCAUUCUAGUUUCAAAGAUAAAGGUGUUAAAAAUGUGCAAGCACCAAAUGAGAAUACUGGAUCUCCUUUGCUGGAUGCUGUGUGCACAGAUGAAGUGCUUUACUAUGACGAUGACUUCAACAGUCACCGCUCUGAAAACUCUAAGAGUGAAGUGAGCAUUGAAGAGGAGAUUGAGGAGGUGUCAAUAGAGGGGCCUGACAUUAGUGAUAAGAUUGAUGAAAGCACUCAGGAUGUUAGCGUCUCGCAGAUAAGCUUGGGUGCAGACUACAUGGAAGAUGUUGCGUGACUUUGAACCCCCGUCCUAUAUUUUGUACCUUAUGUAUUUAUGGAUUUGUGAUGACAUAAUAAACGAUGAAGUACCGUAUUGUU